AUGUGACAGAACAUAAUAUUAAUCAAUAAGCAAAAAUUUUAAUUCUAAAUAAAUUAAAUUAUAAUUUUUACCAAACAGGGAUAAAGAGAUGCCAGCAUUUUGUGAAUAGUAGUGCAAAAAAUUACUGGACGAAUACUUAUUAAAUCAGAAAAAGAAAUUGGUUUGCAUAAAAAGUUGCAUAUUAAUGUAGUCAUGAUGUUGAAUAUGCUUUCAAAAUCUAAUGUAAUAGCAUAUUUGCCAAAUUAUAAAAAAUAUGUGAAACACACUUCUUUUUAUCAGCAAAGUUACCUUAUCUAAAUUGUUUAAAAGGAGAUAUUUUUCAGUCUUAAUAGUAAAUCUUUGCACUAAGAAAAAAAAGUCAAAUUUUUUUCAUAGUUUUACUAGUAUUUUAGGUUAAUUAAAAUCAGUGAGUGGCUCUUUAGAAGAUUUAGUUGUUCAAUGGUGAAUAAUGAAAAGGUGACAUACACAGACCAUGUAGUGUGUUGCUUUCUACUGCUAUUCGAAUGGCCCAGGUGACGUACGGUUGCGACUUUAAAGUACCUCUAGUAAGUAGAGUGGGCCAACUUGAAAAGUUCUCAAGCGAUGGUGCCAAUAGGACGUCGUUCCUGCUCUGGGGCGCCAGAUAUCAAAUGAGAAAUCUGGACAUUAUGGGACACGUCAUUGACAAUCUCAGAAACCUCCAGAACUACAAGACGGCUUCAGCCUUGCAUGAAUCGAGCUUCAAAUCUGCUGCACAAGAAGCAUUCCUUGAUAUUAAUAGUAUACCUUCCAACUUUAAUAGUGCUCUACAGUGA